AAGCUGCCCUGCCCAGAUAGAGAUACUGCGAUUCUUCCGCGCGCUGGAGCCAUGGUGGUCUAUCCUUUCUCUAUGAGGUUCCACAACAAACGCAUGGAGACCCUGACGCACCGAGUCUUGUGCCUCUCAGGGACAGCGGCAGUCCUCGUGGUGAUCAAGUUCGUCAGCACGUUCAUGACCAAGACCGAUAUCAUAGAACAGUUCCACGAGGACACGAAGCAGCAAACCCCCGAGUGGAUGAACGGGCCCUAUGGCAAGCUGGGAGUUGGCGGCAUUGUGUUGCUGCUGUCGCUGAUCAUCCCGUGCUGCGGCUUCAUUGGCGCGAAGUCCAACAAUCGCACGUGCCUGGGCUGCUUCUCCUGUUGCAACUGCUGCGGCGGCUGCCUCAACUUUCUACAGGCGAUUUUGAUCAUCCUGCUCAUGGUGGCCAUGGGUGGGGUGGAGGGUGGCUGCCGAGAGCUCAACAGCUGCCCUGGCAUCAUGGAUGCCUGCAAGAGCAUGAAGAGUGACGACUUCGCCUUGUCCACCUAUGAGGGUUGCUUCGACUACCUUAUCUCUAUGUUCCCCAUGGCCUACGCGGGGCUGGGCGUGGCGGUGGCCAUCAGCUGCUGCGCCGUGUGCUUCCAAUGCGCCUCCGCGAAGUGGGGCCGGGAGCUCUACGAGGAGCUGGCCGUGGAGGAGCUGGUCUUUGAAUCAGACGAGGACGUCUAAGGAGCAGAGGCCGAUGUGGACGUGGAGGCUGCAGGCAAAGCUCCUGCCUAAUUUAUUCGCAUAUGAUGGAUGGACAAUGAACCCCCGAGGGCCUUCGCGGAAUUCGAUUCACAGCUCAAGUCGAAUUGCGGGACCCUUAAUCAAUGAACCUCGAAGAAAAC